AUGCUGUCCAAGAUUGCUCUAGUGACCUUGGGCCUAAUUGGUUUUGCUGCUGCUGGUCCCUGCAAGCCUAGCAGCCGAGCCACGGUGAGCAGCCAUUCUGCAACCUCAUCGGCUGCGACAAUCGAUGUUUCCGAGACUUCGACGGAUAGCCAUACAAACCUCAACAGUCUCACCAUCACGUCAUCUACUGAGACCACCGAAGUUCCCAGUUUGACUCUUCCCCAGUCAUCAACAACCACUCAAGAGGAAAACAUAAUCAUCACCAACGCGAUUUUAGGAGGCUCCUUCGCCAGUCGCGAUCCCAAUAGCCCAAGUGGCCUCACCAACUUCGGCGCCUCAGGUAAUGCCGAGUUCCACCAAGGCGGAUGCUACCGUGUUGAUGGUAGCCUCGACGAUGGCUGCGCAGCUUUGAGUGCUAAUGGGGACGUCACCAAGCGAAGCUUCUUUGGCUCUUUUGCUAGCAUCUUCCAGACUGUACGGUCGGUCCCGAGAAAGAAGUACACUAUCCAAUUCUUUUAUCUCAUUAGGUCAGCUGGAAGCCAAGGCUGUGUUGCAAGCGCGGCAUUUGGUAAUUCAGAGUUCUAUUCUCAACCUGCUUCUAGUUCAGGACCAUCGUGGGCCAGGGUACUGAGGCAGGUUGAGGCACUUUCUGACUUACCAACCUUUGCUAUCUCACUGACAUGCUCUGGCGGUGGUACUUCUUCGAUCUUGGUCGACUCCAUCUUCAUCUCGGACCAGGUUACCCCAGAUACGAUUGACAAUUUCAAGCUUGACUUAGGUGGGAGCCCUCCGAUGGAUCCUGUCGAGACUACGACGGCGAUCAGGGCUCAAGAGUCCCCUACCCUCACAACAGGUCAAAGCGGAUCUACCGGCACCGAAGGCUCGGAAAGGACGAGCGCAGCGACACCCAUCUCAACAGCGUCUCUAGAGGUCACUUCGUCGGUUGCCACUGAGGCAAAGUCCACUAGUUCUGAUCCCGACACAUCCAGUGCUGCGUCAGAGAGCAGGGAGAUUACAACAACAUCUUCGACUGAGAUUACCCCGGGAAGAAACACCGAUUCUACCGUCGUCAGUGCAUCCUCGACCUCGCUAGCUGCUGAGGAGACCAGCAGGGGUGAGACAACUAGCUCGGCAUCAGAGAAAAUUGGCUCGAUAUCUCAAUCUGCCACUACAGAAGAGCCUUCUCAUACCACAGGCUCUGCCUGCAAGCAAACAUGUCAGAUCAUCAACGACUAUUACGCACAUCUGGAUGACUUCGGAUGCGAUCUCAAUGGUGUUUUCACGAAUAGUGAUGCUAUUUAUACUCUUCCUGGUGAAGAAGUUGGUGCGACUCAAACUCACUUGUACAGCAGCAACGAGGAGUGUGCCGAAGUUUGCAAGACUCUUCCUGGAUGCUUGUCAGCUGGAUUCCAGAGACUCUCUGGCAAGUGUUUCUUCUCCAAUACUCUGGUCACCCGAGAGGAAAUACGGGACGGAAGAGACAGCCAAAUGGUCCAUUGGUUCGGUAUGGAGUGCUUCGUUUGCGGCUGCAGUUCAGGCGACACAUCGACAACGGCGAUUCCUACGACAACCCUAGUUCCUGAACCAACCAGCUUCACCACAACCACUAAAGCUACUCAGCCAACAGGUGUUUGCCACAACAACCGCGGCCAAGAGUGCGAGAUCAACCUAUCAAGCGUCGAAAACAACCCUUAUGUCUGCAUUGGCGGAGGCGUCUUUUUAGGAGAGUCCUGGACAGUCCCUCGCUCAAUGUAUCCUAUGCAGGAGAACGGAGAGCAGUGCGCAGCCAUCUGCGACACUCUGGAGAACUGUGAAUCCUCUGGCUACUUUAGUAUGGAGAACCACUGUCUCUUUACAACAACGAAGAUAAAAACAUCCGACUUUGCGGAUCCCGAUCCAAACUACGACGAUCCUGGGCUAGACCCCAAGAACAGUGUUUGGAGCCAUAGAUCCUGUUAUACGUGUCCGACUUGCGUCCUCAGCGACGCACCUCUUCCCAAGAGCCCCACGUGCAACUACAAACCUGGUGACUCUUGCACGCGUGUAAGUGCGGAUGGUGUUCUGUGCAAUUACUCGGGAAUGUUGCCUGGAACUUUUGGCGCUCUUGGCAGUUAUCCUGACCAGAGUUCAUCAGGAAAAUGUGCUGCUAUAUGCCGGAAGAUGACCAGGUGUAUGGGCUCUGGGUACAGGGAUGGUAGGUGCAUGUUUACAAGCACGACUCUGGCGGCAGGUGAUUUCCUGGAUAGGCAUAAUUACGAUCUUGUCUGGGACGAUCCGUCUUGCUUUGAAUGCCCCGGCUGUUCAACAUAG